AUGGAGACAAAGUUGAAAUUAAAAGCCAUAAACAAUGUUUUCUGCAAAUGCAUCCGAUUUCAACCGACUUGUGCUCGUCCAUCUGCUCUCUCCUUCCCAUCGCCUGCUUCGCUCUUCUCGCCACUCUCCACUCACUCUGUUAAGGUUUAUGGAAGUGUUGUCGCUCAUGGAACGGAACCAAUCGCUUAUAACAAUGACAACAACAAGAACUUGCUUCAAGUAGUUUUGGUGUCUCCUCAGAUUCCUGGAAAUACCGGGUGCAUCGCCAGAACAUGUGCUGCAUCAAGUGUUAAACUACACCUUGUCGAGCCAUUGGGAUUUCCCAUCAAUGAUACCAAACUCAAACGUGCUGGACUGGAUUACUGGCCGUAUGUAGUUGUCAAAGUACAUUCUUCCUGGGCUGAGUUUCGAGAGUAUUUCUCACUUCAAGAUGGAGAGAAACGACUAUUGGCUUUCACAAAGAGGGGGACAUCAAUACAUUCAGACUUUUCAUAUAGACCUGGUGAUUGGCUUGUGUUCGGAUCAGAAACUAGCGGGCUGCCCCCUCUUGCACUGGACGACUGUACAAAUGAAGCAUAUGGUGGUGCAACCAUUAAAAUUCCUAUGGUGGAUACCUAUGUCAGGUGUUUAAAUCUUUCUGUCAGUGUAGGCAUUGCUGUUUAUGAAGCUUCGAGACAACUAAACUACGAGCAACUCCAAUCUUCGUGUGAAAAUCCAUUUAUUACAGAAGAUAUUUUUGCUUAG